ACAAGAGCUUACAUGUGGGACACUUACGAUCUUCUGUGCAUGCGUACACUAUAACAGACCGGCCACAGCAUUGAUGGAACCAUACAAACACACAUCAUGGAUCUGAUGGAACAGAAAACCGAGCCACUGAAUUCACAACGUAUCACCUCUGCUUUCUUCAAUGACCCAGCGAAAACCUCCACGGUGACACUACGCAGAGGGAUCUGAAGCAGACAGAACAGUUCUCCCAGAGUGCUCAUAGCGUGGAGAUUCUGGCAGUCCAGGAUGAUGCAACAGAUCCUCAGAGACAUGUUUGUAGAUCCAGAGCUUCUGGCUGAAUUGAACGAGGAGCAGAAACAAAUUCUUUUCUACAAAAUACGUCAGGAGCAGGUGCGACGCUGGAUGGAAUAUGACAGCCAGGAAGGAAGCUGGGAAAAGACGCCCGUGCCCAGGGAUAGAGAUGAAACCAGGAAGAGUGUUCAGUGGAUGAAGGGCCGUGAUGGUGAUGUGUGGGUCUGGGUCAUGGGAGAGGCAGCUGGAGACAAACCUUAUGAGUUUAUUGUCAAAGAACUGAUGGAGGAGAGAGCCAGACGUCAGGCUCAGUUAGAAGCCCAAGAGUUAUGGCGGAAGAAAGAAGCGGAGAUAAAGCAGAAGUUCAGAGAUGCCAUCACAAAGGAGAAGGCACGCUUAGUCGCAGGAAAAUGGAAGGAAGAAGCUGAAGACAGGAAAGCAGCCAAACAGGAAGAGGAACGCAUACGAGAGAUGCUAAAGAAACAAGAGGAAGAAGAAAGGCACAAGGAAGAAGAGGAGAUACGACGUGCAGAGGAGAAAAGAGCGAAAGAGCUUUAUAUGUCGCUGGAGCAGGAGCGAAUCAAAAGUGAGCAACGUGAUAGAGAGUGGGAGGAGCAAUUGCGUCGCUCCAAAGCAGCUGAUGAGGAGAUGACAAGAAAGGCCCGCUGGGCAAGAGAUGAAUAUAAACGUCAGUCACUACGGGCCAUAGAGAAAGGCCAUGUGGCAGGCCUGAGCGGCCACUUCCAGAGACAAGCCCACGUGAAUAGAGCAAACCCCCACAGGAGACACAGUACUUUCAUUGAACAGUCCGCAAGUUCAGUCACCAACAAUGAAGAGCGACCCAGACCUGGCCUUCAACGUGCAGAACCACCAUUGUACCGGCGAAGACAAAGCCGCAGACAUAGUACAACAGCGAAACAGCCACUAACUGAUGGUCCUGCUUGGGUUAGAACACCACGACCCAGUUCCAGGGAGUCAGUUAUACUCUGGUUUACCGAAGAGCAGAAACCUAAAAAUGCUGGGUACGAAAGAAACGAAAAUGAUAUCGCCCCAUGGUUCCACGGCAUCAUCUCUCGAGAGGAUUCUGAGAGGCUACUUAUGAAUGCUACCGAGGGCUCUUUCCUGGUUCGGGUCAGUGAAAGGAUAUGGGGCUACACACUGUCCUACCGCACCGCCAGUGGCUUCAAACAUUUCCUUAUUGAUGCUUCAGGGGACUAUUACGGCUUUCUUGGUGUGGACCAAAACCGUCAUGCCACCCUUGCUGACCUCAUUGACUUCCACAAGGAGGAAGUCAUCACUACCACAGGGAAAGAACUGCUACUGGAGGCCUGCAUACGGACGGGCCCUUCUGCAGACUUUGGAGGACUUUUCUCAUAACUCGUAUGACAGAGAACAUGGUCAAAACAAGACUACAAAUUAUGAACCAUCUUAUAAGACAUAAACCUGGUCCUGCCUCUGGCUUACAGUCACUUAUGAUCCUACCCAUUGAAAAAGUGGAUGCAAACUAGCUUCAUGUAAAGGAAAUACACUCUGCAUGUUUUCAAUGGAUCAGUGGUCUUUCAGCCGCUGUGGCUGAGAUUCCAUUAGUGUUCCAUUUGCUGUUACUUUUCUAUAAUUAUGAAUUAAUCCAAGUCAAAAUGCACUUCGGUAAUGCAAGCGCAAAUCUACCUGAAAACGAAUGAUUGUUUUUCUGCUGUUGAGAAGCGAGUGUGCUGCAAAUUGAUAUUGCUGUGUAAAUAAAAAACUGUGUGAAACAAUGUAUUAAAAGCACCCAUACUGUGACUAGGAAAGGUCUGAUUAAACAACACCAGGAAAAC